CCUCCCCUAUUCAUCGAGGGAGAAGAAAGAUCCUGCGAGGGUUACCUGGUUUCCCUCCCACGUGUUUCCCAGAAUCCCUCCCCGCCAGCCAGGGCGCGGGUAGAGAGGAUGGACCGACUUCUGCUGCUGCGUGUGGCUGCCCUGCUGAUCCUGGGCCGAGGGGUGCGACCGUACAGCGACAAGACGGUGGAGAUCGUGGAGCUGGUGGUGCCAGAGUCCCCUAAGGUGGGCGAUGACGUGACGCUCACCUGCCGCUUCAACCUGAUGGGUAACAACCAUCGCCUCUACACCGUCAACUGGUGGCGCGGCAAGGACCAGUUCUACACCUACAAGGGCACCGCCAACAACAACCCUAAGCACGCCUACACCUUCCGCGGUAUCAACGUCAAGGAGGAGGCGUCAACAGAGGAAUCUGUGGUGCUACAGGACGUGUCAGAGGAGACUUCGGGGCUGUUCAAGUGUGAGGUGAUGGGCGAGGGUCCCUCCUUCCGCACCGCCGUCGCCAACAAGACCAUGACCGUCGUGAUCCCACCCUCACAAGUGCAGAUCUUCACGCGCCCGUCCUCUAACCCGCCCGUCUACCGUAUCGGAGAGAGGAUACAUAUGAACUGCACAGCGAGAAAUGCCAAGCCUCGAGCUGACCUCUACUGGGAGAUCAACAACUCGCCGGUGAAUGAGCGAGACGUGCAACCCCGCGCAGGUUACGAGGACCACCGAGGCCGUGUCACUUCCACUCUCAGCCUAUCGUGGGAGCCGCCCGCAUACUUCAAGGAUAGCGUGGCAAGGGUGGCGUGCCAUGCGGUAGUUGGUGAACACCGAACCACUGCCACCAAGGACAUAUACCUUAACCCGGCCUCCAGUGCCGCCCUCAACCACCUGUACGCUUCUGCAGGCUGCAAGUUGUCUGCCGCCUGGACGCUGCUCGGCUUGGCGUCGCUGCUGCUGAACCGCCGCGUCCUUUAGCACGUGGCCAGCUUAGCGCAGCAGGGAAUGCCCGGCCGUGGUGGGACUGAGUAACAAGUGUCGAUUUUUCAUCGCUCAUUUACUGUCUUGCAGGGUGGACUAAGAGAGAGAGAGAGAGAGAGAGAGAGAGAGAGAGAGAGAGAGAGAGAGAGAGAGAGAGAGAGAGAGAGAGAGAGA